AUGCACUGCCACUGUCUGACUGAGGGCAUCUCCCCAGUUCCCAGCUCCUAUUGGAUCUCAGGCCUGGCCUUCCCAGACUGGGCCUACAAGGCAGAGUCCUCCCCAGGCUCCCGGCAGAUCCAGCUGUGGCAUUUCAUCUUGGAGCUGCUUCAGAAGGAGGAGUUCCGCCAUGUCAUUGCCUGGCAGCAGGGAGAGUAUGGGGAGUUUGUCAUCAAGGACCCAGAGGAAGUAGCCCGCCUCUGGGGCCGAAGAAAGUGCAAACCACAGAUGAACUAUGACAAGCUGAGCCGGGCUCUCAGAUACUACUACAAUAAGAGAAUCCUGCACAAGACCAAAGGCAAGAGGUUUACUUAUAAGUUCAACUUCAGCAAACUCAUUGUUGUCAACUAUCCACUGUGGGACAUGCGGCCCCCACCUCCACCCCCUCUGUUGCUGGGUACCCCAGGCAUAUACAGUCCAGCCUUGAUUCCUGUUGGUAUGCAGAGUGAGCUCCUCCACACCGUUCUGUUCACCCAUCGGGCAAUUAUGGAGCAGCUGUCUGGGCAGCGGAGUUCCCCAAGCUCCCUGGAGCCCACUGAGGAUAAGAAGGGAAGCAGCAGCAGUGACCAUCGUCUUGGCUCUCCCCAAGCUCCUUGCCUGUUGAGCCCCUGCUACCAUUUCCAGAAUCCCCGGAAUGAACUCCCUCCCCUUGCCUCUUUGCCUCCUCCCCUCUCAACUCCUCUUCCAAAUGAGCGGCCACGAUUCUCAGGGCCCUUCCUCCCCUCUACCCUCCAAGAGCAGCAGUCCCCUGGGCCCUCUAAGACUGAUUCUCUAUUUGCUGGAGUGGGAUUCCCCACAGGUGGAAAGGUUUUCCCAGGGUUUCCCCUUCUGGCUGGGAUGGGGUCUGGGGCAGGGGAGAGGUUGAGGUUUCUACCUCUGAGGCCUGAGGAGACUGAAGUAAAGCAGGACUUAAGGGUGGGAGGAAAGGGAUGUCAGAGACCUGUAGUAGAUUUCCCUUCAGAGGUACAUAGACUCAAAACCAGGGAGGGAAAUCAUGCUUCCCGGGGUCUGGAGAACUUCAAAGCCGUGUGGUCUUUGGAUCCUCCUUAA